AUGGCCAAACCAAUCGUUCUAUUUUCUCUCCUCGCCCCCGCUCUCUCAGCGGUCUUGCCUCGUGGUCAAGAAAGCUCAUGGAACGAGUGGGCCUCGUCGAGCACGACCGUUGCCGCCAGCAGCACCUAUUCUUCUACGGUCCCUGCCCAAAGCAGCAGUUGGGGGGACUGGUCAACUCCAAGCACAACUAUUGUCUCUACAACCACGACCACAAGCAGCCCAGCGGCCAGCAGCACAACAAGCAGCAAGGGCUGGAACGACUGGUCGAGUACUUCGACAACUCCCGUUGUUCCUACGACGAGUAGCACGACUAGCAAAGGCUGGAAUGACUGGAGUAGCUCAACGACUCCUGUUGUUCCCACAACCAGCAGCACGACUAGCAAAGGCUGGAAUGACUGGAGCAGCUCGACUUCCGUUGUUCCUACAACUAGCAGCACCACUAGCAAAGGGUGGAACGACUGGAGUAGUUCGACAUCUGUUGUUCCUACGACCAGCAGCACGACCACUAAGGGAUGGAACGACUGGUCAAGCACUUCGACGACCCCCGUUGUUCCUACGACCAGCAGCACGACCACUAAGGGAUGGAACGACUGGUCGAGCACCUCGACGACCCCCGUUGUGCCUACGACCAGCAGCACAACCACUAAAGGAUGGAACGACUGGUCGAGCACCUCGACGACUCCCGUUGUGCCUACGACAAGCUCUUCAGCUACUAGCAAAGGUUGGAAUGACUGGUCUUCCUCUGUCGUGCCGCCCGUUUCUUCCUCUCAAUCGUGGAGCGGGUGGUCUAGUGUUCCUGCUCCGCCCGUGAAGCCGACAACCACUCCCGCUCCGGCCCCAGCCCCGGUGUCUUCUAAGGGAUGGAAUGACUGGCAAUCGAGCUCCGCUCCGGCUCCUGCUCCGGCUCCUCAACAUUCGCAAUCUGCAGGAUGGAAUGACUGGAAGAGCACAUGCACUCCUAGCACGGCCACUACCACCGUGUACGUAACGCAGACAGCACCCGCCUCCACUGUGACUACCACAGCGCCCGCUUCUACUGUGUACGUUACCGAAACUGCGACUACGACGGUGACCGAGUCGGAGACCACCACUGCUACGGUGACCAGCUGCUCUGCUACCAGUACGUCGUCGGGCUGGCAAGACUGGCAAGGCAAGAGCCAUAGCCCAAGCCCAGUCCCAAGCCAAAGCACUGGAUGGAAAAACUAA